UGCGUUAUUUGGAAGAAAGGACCAAGAGGAGGAACACAACAUGGAUGAUAUUUGGUCGUUUGGCUGAGUCAGAGAGACGCCAUACGCCGCCAGGUUGUUGGAGACGUGGAGUUAUGCGCCAAGAGAGUCUUUCUAGCCGCAAAUAGAGUGUUGGCAUUGCACGGGAAAGCUUUGGGCAAGCACUCCAGGAGAGUAGCGGGGCAAUGUCGAGCAGCGACAAUAGUCAGAAAAAGAGAAACAACUACAAGCUGCUGGUGGAUCCCGAGCUGAGGAAAGGCCACAAGAAGCUUUACCGUCUCAAUGGAAAGGACGUGCCCGGGAUGCCGCCAGUGGGUCAGCCUGAAGACCCGCGGACCCAGAAGACCGUGCUGGGCAUGGCUGGCAGCAGUAUGGAGCUGGCCUUUCCUCGCUUCAAGUAUGACAAGGACUGGGCCGGGGAGCCUCCAGAGAGAGAUGUAUUUGUAAUUGGUCUCAGCGAGGCAGUGAAGGGCGCCGUCCUGCGAGAGACGUGCUCCCAGCUGGCUCCCGUCCAUUCGAUGAGGUUUCAUCACCACCCGAGGACAAAGACGUUUCUUGGAGCGGCCACAGUUGCGUUCACUUACCCAGGACAUGGGAAGAAGGCAGCCAAGGAGCUGGAUGGGAGGAUAGUAGGAGGGUGCUACCUCAGAGCUGAGGUUGACGAUAAAGGAGAACAUCUGAAGAAGUACCUGGAGCCCGUGCUCAAGAAGUGUGGACUGGAACGGAAACCCCUCAAGUCGACCAGUUCCGAUGCGGAGGAGGGUUCCGCUCCACGUCGUAACUCAACCACUGAGAGCAGUCAUGAACUGAGUGAGUCUGAGACGGAGUUCUCGUCCGUCGGAACACCAACUACCACCGGAGGUCGAAGGUCUAGCGAGACAUUUAUCGCUCCCUCGGCCACCAAGCUCUACCCUCUCUCCUCUCUCCACCUGCGAUGUGGAGGUAGCUCCACCCCCUCAGCAGAGUCCCCACUCUCCAUCGUCUCCCCCACCCCACACACCCCAUCCAGUCUCGACUCCGGGGUAUCGUCACUCCGACUCUACUCCACUGUGAGCCCUGUCGACAAACCAAGACCACACCCACUGAAGAAUCGUCCCAUUAACCCUCCACCAUUCCCCGUAGCUCCACCCCCUCCCCUCCCCCCAAAUGAUGCUCCACCCCUUCCUCCCCUGGAACCGCCCCCUCUUCCUCCGCACUCGCCACGCCCACCAAACAAUCACGGGCCCCCGGGGGGAAUAGAGAAUAUCAGCUCCGAUGAAGAGGCGCCCCCUAUAAUUAGAGACCCCCGACGAGCGAGUCUGACUCGGCCAACACUCGAUGUCCUCUCCCCCGUUUCAAUCUCUCCACCCUUCUCUCCUAAAUCAGUGGUCAGAGGGUUAAGCCACGCUCGGCUCCGCUCGGAUUUGCCGAUCCCUCCCUCGGCCUCCAGACUUUUGUCUCCGCUGCGGCUGCCAAGGCCCCGCCCCCUCUCCCUCCGUCGUCAGUGACUCCCAGCUAUGAGCCAGAGGUUGAAGAUGUUUCUGGAGAUGAGUCUCCAGUCAUGUUGUACAACAGUACUCCAUCCUAUGACAUCCAGGUGGAGAGUGUCUCAUCUGAUGAGGGAGGAGGGGAGGACAUGGAGGUGUGCUCCGGAGAUGAAGACAACCUCAUCGAAGUCAACAUUCCACCUCCACUCCUACCUCCCAUGUACCCUCCUCCUCUUCCACCCCCUCACCCCGGUUUCCUCCACCCCCGCCAUUCUUCGCCCAACCCCCUCCCCCACAGGGGUUCCUGCCACACCCACAUCCGA